UGACAGUUCUCUUCCUUCUUUUUGCAGGAAGACCGAAUGUUGUUUUGUUUGUACGGUAUUAGUGUGUGCGGCGUUUAAAGUGGGUUGAGCGGAAUACACAGUUUUCUGCGACAGUCAUUGUUGCCUUUGCUGUCGCUACUCUCCUUCGCGAUUAUUACCCUCCAUCCAUGAAUUCUCGGCGACCCGAGAGCUUUGAUGGUUUAAGUUAUAGAGGUAGGGAGGAUGCUGGCUAUGGAUCGGGCUUCCCGCCAAGGUCAUUUAACACUUCAGGGGGUGCAGAACACCCCCAGUGGGUGACGACUCCUCUUGAUAUCCCGGGGAGCAGGAAUCUACACUGGGGAGAGCGAACUCCACAGUAUGGCGCGGUGACGCCCCCUGCUCCAGGGGCUAACAACGAGGAAGCGCCACUGGGCACCGCUUCAGCUGGAGAUCAGUUAAACAGAUUUGCUGGAUUUGGCAUCGGCUUGGCAAGUCUUUUUACAGAAAAUGUACUUGCUCAUCCAUGUAUCGUAUUUCGCCGUCAGUGCCAGGUUAAUUACCAUGCAAAGAAUUACCAUCUAUCUCCUUUCUCUGUCAUCGUUGUUAUGUACAAUGUGACCAAAGCACAGGGACCAAGAGCCCUCUGGAAAGGCAUGGGAAGUACAUUCAUUGUCCAGGGUAUCACUUUGGGAGCUGAAGGAAUCGUCAGCGAAUGCUCGCCAUUGCCUAGAGAACUCUCCCGGAAGUGGAAUCCCAAACAAAUUGCUGGACAUUUACUUUUGAAAGGAUUGACAUUUGUGGUCGCAAUGCCCUUCUAUUCUGCUAGCCUGGUUGAGACUGUGCAAAGUGAGAUCAUUCGUGAUAAUCCUGGAAUAUUGGAUUGCCUCAGAGAAGGAUUUGGAAGAGUUGUUGGAAUGGGUGUCCCACACAGCAAACGCCUGCUCCCCCUCUGGGGCCUGAUCUUUCCCACCAUUUCUCAUGGAGUGCUCCACUACAUUAUAAGUUCUGCAGUUCAGAAGCUUGUGCUGCUUGUAUUGCAGAAGAAGUCACCGUCACGCCCGAAUGCCGAGAGCAGCGAUUCGGUACAGAGUAUGCUCGACUCCUACUUUCCUGAACUUAUUGCGAGUUUUGCAGCUAAUCUGUGCGCAGACGUCUUGUUGUAUCCAAUGGAGACAGUACUGCAUCGCCUUCAUAUCCAAGGGACCCGCACAAUCAUUGACAACACAGACCUGGGCUUUGAGGUGCUUCCCAUUAACACGCAGUAUGAAGGAAUGAGAGACUGCAUUAAUGUGAUCAACCGAGAGGAAGGAUUGUUGGGAUUUUAUAAAGGCUUUGGCGCCAUCGUUGUCCAGUAUUCAUUGCAUGCAACUGUCCUACAAAUCACCAAAAUGAUUUAUUCUGUACUUUUGCAAAAUUCAGCCUGAGAUCAAAAAGGAUAAAGCUCCUGCGGUCAUCCCUGUUGUUGUGAGAGAAGUUUCUUUGUCUUUCUGUGACCCUUUGAUAAAACGAAAUACAUUACAUUGACCUGCCGGACGAAAUAAAGAAAAACUGAAUCUUG